GCAAUUAUAUCCGAAACGUCGCACGUGCUCCAGCGCUGCCAAACGAUGGGAAGGGUCGAAUGCGAAGUAUCGACGCCGCACGCCUGGAGUAACCAAUGGGACAUUGGUGUCUACGAGCGCUACGCGCGGCUGACGCCCGUCAAGAUUACGUUCGUGGCGGCGGCGCUCGUCGCCCUUAUCGUCGGAGGCACCGAGAUCUUUUCUGGCGCCGCAUGCAUCCACUCGAUCCAGCGGUCCACGUACGCGACCUGUUUUGAUGGCAGCUUUGACCGCCAACGAGGCGCCCCCAACAUGGACAUAUCUUUGCUGCUCGACAACAAUGGCUCGACGGGCGCCUUACGGAUUGAAGGUGGAUGGCCCGAUGGGCUUACGAUCGCCCACUUUGUUCUGACAUGUCUCGGCUUCUUGACUACGUACAUCAUCCUCGGGCUAUCGACGGUGUCGGCGAUGCUGGCCUGGGCCGUCUUUGCCGUAGCGUUUGCCGUCCUCACAGUCGCAGAUGGUUUCACGCUCCACGCGUGGAGUCGCACGUACUGCCGCAACACAUCGCUCCCAGCGAUUGUCAACCAGCUCGCCGUGACGACGCCGGCGCAAGCAGACCUCGUGCAGAAGAUACUGACGGCGAAUGCGACCAGCGUCAACGUGGUUUGUCAAAGUGCAACCUCGACCUUUCUAGUGGCCCUCUUGGCGGUCUGUGCGCUAAGUGCGUCGGUGGCCGUCUAUUCCACGCACGCAGACCGCUCCAUGUACAUCGCCGAGCUGUCGGAGGAUACCUACAUCGAGUGCCAAUGAAGUAUGUUUGGUAUCUAUCGUAAAAACCAACAAGAUGAACGUCGAAAAUCCAUGGGUAGGCGUAGAG